AUGUCCGGCAUUGCAGCUAGACUUAAGCACAACCGAGACAAAGCUCAGGGGAUCGGAACCAACUCUCACGCGGUGAAGUACCUGAACCAGGACUAUGAGAGUCUGAGGAGAGACUGUCUGGAGAGAGGGAGGCUGUUUGAGGAUGAUUGCUUUGAUGCCGAGCCUUCUUCCUUGGGCUUCAAAGAUCUCGGACCAAAUUCCUACAAAGUUCGAGGCAUCAAAUGGAAAAGACCAAAGGAUAUCUGUUCAAAUCCACAAUUCAUCAUUGAGAAUGCAACCAGGACUGACAUUUGUCAAGGAGCACUUGGUGACUGCUGGCUCCUGGCAGCUAUCGCUUCCCUGACUCUCAACAAACAGGUUCUGUCUCGUGUCGUCCCUCACGACCAGAGCUUUGAGGAAAACUACGCUGGAAUCUUUCACUUUGAGUUCUGGCAGUUUGGCGAGUGGGUGGACGUGGUGGUUGACGACCGCCUGCCGACCAAGGAUGGAGAGCUGCUGUUUGUUCACUCAGAGGAGGGCUCUGAAUUCUGGAGCGCGCUGCUCGAGAAGGCUUACGCCAAGAUUAAUGGAUGCUACGAGGCUCUUUCUGGAGGCAGCACCACCGAGGGUUUCGAGGACUUCACGGGCGGUAUCGCUGAGAAGCACGAACUGAAACAAGCAGAUCCCCACCUCUUCCAUAUCAUCGAGAAGGCCCUGGCUAGAGGCUCCCUCCUGGGGUGCUCAUUGAUCUCGGCCGACUCAGAAGCCGUCACUCAUCGAAAGCUGGUGAAGGGCCAUGCGUACUCGGUGACAGGAGCAGAGCAGGUGUCUUACAGAGGGCGUAAGGAGAAGCUGAUCAGGAUUAGAAACCCGUGGGGUCAGGUGGAGUGGAAUGGAGCCUGGAGUGACAAGUCAUCUGAGUGGAGAUAUGUGAGUGACGAUGACCGAGAAAGACUGUUCGACCGUCGAGAGAACGGGGAGUUCUGGAUGACAUUUUCUGAAUUCCUGCGCCAGUACUCUCGCCUCGAGAUCUGCAACCUCACACCUGACGCUCUCACAGGCGAUGAGUACAAAAAAUGGGCGGAGUCAGAGUUUGAAGACACCUGGAGGAGGGGCUCUUCUGCUGGCGGAUGCAGAAACUAUCCAAAUUCCUUCUGGACAAACCCUCAGUUUGUCAUCAAACUGGACGAGGUGGACGAUGACCCUGAUGAAGGCGAGGAGGGCUGCACCUUCAUCGUUGGCUUGAUGCAGAAGAACAGGCGCCAGAUGAGGAAAAUGGGGCAAGACAUGGAGACUGUUGGCUUUGCCAUUUACGAGCUGCCUAAAGAGUACUGGGGCAAAAAGCAAGUGCACCUGAAGAAAAACUUCUUUCUCAGAAACUGUUCAACAGCUCGCUCCGAGACCUUCAUCAACCUGCGCGAGGUGUGCAGCCACUUCUGUCUGCCCCCCGGGGAAUACCUCAUCAUCCCGUCCACGUUCAAGCCUAACAAGAACGGAGACUUUUACGUGCGGGUGUUCUCCGAGAAGCCGGCGGACUUUCAAGAGAUCGACGACCCCGUAGAGUGCAACGUUGAGCAGAUUGAUGUUGAACAUGGUGACAUCAGUAACAGCUUCAAGAGACUGUUUGGACAGCUCGCCGGACACGAUGUGGAGAUUUCUGUAUUUGAACUGCAGAAAAUCCUCAACAGAGUGGUGAUGAAGAGAAAUGACAUCAAAACGAACGGGUUCAGUCUGACAACCUGCCGCAAUAUGGUCAACCUGCUGGAUAAAGAUGGAAGCGGCAAACUUGGGCUGGUAGAGUUUAAGAUCCUGUGGACAAAGAUCGAGAAGUUUCUGGAUCUGUACAAAGAGAGAGACGCAGACCAGAGCGGAUGUAUGAGCUCCUGUGAGAUGCGGGUGGCUGUGGAGGACGCAGGUUUCUCUCUCAACAACCCUCUGCAUCAGAUCAUCGCUGCCCGCUACAGCGAACCAAACCUCAGCGUUGACUUUGACAACUUUGUGUGCUGCCUGAUCCGCUUAGAGUUUCAAUUCAACACUUUCAAGACGCUGGACGAGGACAGCACGGGUAGGAUAAAGCUGGGAUUCAUGGAGUGGAUAAAUCUGUCGAUGUUGUAGAAGAGGAUUUGCUGUGUUUUCUGUGUGGUUUGUGACUGCUGUUAAUCAAAGGAUGCUAAUUUGAAGGGAAAGUUAUUUACAUUGUUUGACUAUUUACCAACAUAAUAAAGC